AUGAAGCUGGGCCUGGACAUCUUCUUACAUCUGAUGCUGAUCAGACUCCACCAUGCACAGGAUGACUGCGAUGCUGGGUCUUGCCACCCGGCUGUUGGGGACCUCCUCCUGGGUCGAAGCAAGCAAUUAACAGCCUCGUCAACCUGUGGAAUGACCAGUCCCCAGAAAUACUGCAUUAUAGGCUACCUAGAGGCUGAACAGAAGUGCUUUCUCUGUGAUUCCAGAUACCCAUAUAAUCCCUACACACAGCGUAACAGUCACAUGAUUGAAAAUGUUAUCACAAAUUUUCAGACUGAUAGGAAAAAGAAGUGGUGGCAAUCAGAAAAUGGCAUUGACCACGUCAGCAUUAGAUUGGAUCUAGAAACUUUAUUCCAGUUCAGCCACCUUAUCCUGACUUUUAAGACAUUUCGGCCUGCAGCAAUGCUGGUUGAGCGCUCCACUGACUUUGGGCAGACCUGGAAAGUGUUUAGAUAUUUUGCUCAGGACUGUGCAGCUUCUUUUCCCAACAUCUCAUCUGGGCCAGCCAAAAGUAUGGGAGACAUCAUUUGUGAUUCAAGAUACUCAGACAUUGAGCCCUCCACUGAAGGCGAGGUCGUUUUAAAAGCUUUGGAUCCCCACUUUGAAAUAGAAAAUCCCUAUGUGCCAUAUAUCCAAGAGCUCAUUACGAUGACAAACCUAAGGAUCAAUUUUACUAAACUCCACACCCUUGGGGAUGCUCUGCUUGGAAGAAGACACAGCGAUCCCCUGGAGAAGUACUAUUAUGCUGUCUAUGAGAUGGUUGUGAGGGGCAGCUGCUUUUGCAAUGGCCAUGCCAGCCAGUGUGAGCCUGUGCAGAAUCUGCGGGGAGAUGUUUUCCAUCAGUCUAGGAUGGUCCAUGGGAGAUGUGUCUGCCACCAUAACACUGAAGGUUUGUCUUGUGAAAGAUGUAAAGAUUUCUACAAUGAUGCUCCCUGGAGGGCAGCCGAAGGGACCCAAGAUAAUGCUUGCAAACGGUGUAACUGCAAUGGCCACUCUGGCAGAUGCCACUUUGACAUGGCCGUGUACCAGGCCAGUGGCGGGGUCAGUGGUGGUGUUUGUGAGGACUGUCAGGACAACACCACAGGGCAACACUGCGACCAGUGCAAGCAAUUCUUUUACCAGGAUCCCCUCAAAGUCAUCUCAGACCCUCAGGCAUGCCUUCCCUGCCGCUGUGACCCAGAAGGUACGUUGCACAACGGCAUAUGUGAAAGCCGCACAGACCCUGCGCUGGGAACGGUUGCGGGCCAGUGUCCUUGCAAGGAGAAUGUGGAGGGUGUCCGCUGUGACAAGUGCAGGGCAAACUACUACGGGCUGAGCAACAGUGACCCCCUGGGCUGUCAGCCCUGCAACUGUGACCCCUCCGGCACUUUGCCCUUCUCCAUCUGUGAUCCUGACACAGGAGAGUGCCUUUGCCAGCAGUUCACCACAGGGCGACGCUGUGAAAAAUGCAUUGUAGGAUACUGGGGUCUUGGCAACAGCUCGUAUGGCUGUUCUGCAUGUGACUGUGAUAUUGGUGGAUCUCAGAAUAACUUGUGCUCAUCAAAGGACGGUCAGUGCAAGUGUCUUCCCAACAUUGUAAGCCGCCAAUGUAACGAGCCAGCUGCAGGCUACUUCUUUUUGCCGCUGGAUUAUUAUAUUUAUGAAGCUGAGCAUGCAAAGAUCCUUUCUGGCUCUGCACCCUUGGUUAAGCCAAGCAUUCUUCCAAGGUGUGACAUCUACUUCCAGAACCAAGGUUAUGAAUUCAUGAUUGAAAAUGGAAAGAUUGUGUUAAACAGCAGCAAGAAACGAAGUGUAAGAAAAUCUGGACUGGAACAGGGUGCUAUACGAUUUGGACAGGACUCAGCUGUGAUGGUGGUUUUCAGGCAGCCAGGCCCUGGUCGAUCCAUCACAUGGACAGGACCUGGAUUUGCCCGAGUUCCCAGUGGAGCUGGGUUGAGAUUUGCCAUCAACAACAUUCCCUUUGCUAUGGACUUUGAUAUCAUGAUUCGUUAUGAACCUCAGUCAUUGGAAGACUGGCUAGCAAGUGUUGCUGUCCAGCCUGUUGGUAUUUUGUCAAGUCCACACUGCCAAAACAAAGGCCUUUCACAGGAGCCACAUGUGUUGCCUCUUCCAGCUACAAAGAGGAUUGCAUUUCUUCAAACUCCAGUCUGCUUGGAGCCAGGGACAGAAUAUUCUGUGGACAUUUAUUUCUCUCAGGCCUCAGCUUCUGACCCAGUAGCAGAAUUGUUCAUCUUGAUUGACUCACUUGGACUUAUUCCCAGAAUCAGCUCUGUGGAGAACUUGUGCAGUGAAAAGGAUUUAGAUGAGUACCAGAAGUAUCACUGUAUUGAAAUUGCAUCUGAAGUUGGACCUCACAUCCUGCCUGAAGUAUGUGCACGGCUCAUAGUGAGCAUGUCAGCCCGUAUUCACAAUGGUGCUGUUGCAUGUAAGUGCAAUCCCCAGGGGUCACUGAACGCCAGCUGCAGUAAACUGGGGGGCCAGUGUCAGUGCAAAGCCAAUGUUGUGGGACGCGGCUGUGACACUUGUUCUGCGGGCAGCUACGGCUUUGGCUCCCAUGGCUGCUAUGCAUGCGAGUGCCACCCCCAAGGCUCACUGAGCACACUGUGUGACCAGGUGACAGGGCAGUGCUCCUGCCGCUGGAAGGUGGGUGGUCAGCGCUGCAGCCGAUGUCUGGCUGGGUAUUUUGGAUUUCCCCACUGCCGUCCUUGCCUGUGCAAUGGCUAUGCAGAGCUUUGUGACCCGGUGACUGGAGGGUGUCUGAACUGCCAUGGGUUUACAACUGGAAGCCACUGUGAAAGGUGCAUGGACGGCUAUUAUGGAAACCCUCUGAACGGAGAACAUUGCCACCCAUGCAUGUGCCCUGGGGCACCUACAAGCAAUAGGUAUUUUGCACAUUCCUGUUACCAGGACUCACAGUCUGCACAGUUAGUCUGCAAUUGUCUCAAGGGAUAUUCAGGAAAUCAGUGUGAUGAGUGUCCUAGUGGGUUCUACAAAAACCCAGGUAGCCCCAGUCUUGAAUGUGCUCCAUGUCCUUGCAAUAACAACAUUGAUGUGACAGACCCAGAGUCCUGUAACAGGGUCACCGGGGAAUGCACCAAGUGUAUACACAACACCCAUGGAGCAAACUGCCAGUUCUGCAAACCAGGGUAUUUUGGCUCAGCCCUCCUUCAAAACUGUCAAAGGUGCAUGUGCAAUCUAGCAGGUGUUCACCCAGCUAUGUGUUCAGGGGGAGAAGCAGCCUGUCUAUGUGACCCAGCCACAGGAACUUGCCCUUGCCUGCCCAAUGUGGUGGGCAUGACCUGCGACCAGUGUGCCUCUGGCUACUGGAACCUAGCUAGUGGAAAAGGAUGUCAAAGCUGUGACUGUGAUGAAAAAAACUCCCUUAGCAACCAGUGCAACCAGCUUACAGGCCAGUGUCCAUGUAAGCUAGGUUACAGUGGAAGAUGUUGUGAUGAAUGUGAGGAAAAUUACUUUGGCAAUCCCCGGACACAAUGCAUUUUGUGCGAGUGUAACCCGGAGGGAACCAGCCAGCCCAAGUGUGACAAAGCCACUGGUGCAUGUAGCUGCCGUGCUGGUGUCACUGGCCGGUUAUGCAAUCAGUGCAGCCGUGGCUUUGAUAAAGACUUUCCCUCUUGCCAACAGUGCCAUCUUUGUUUUGAACAGUGGGACACUGAAAUUAUGGCCCUUGCUCAGACUGUGCAGGGGUUAAUGAGGUUUGCUGCAAAUCUCGAAGAUAAAGGAGGACAAAUGCCCAGCUGUGACUUGCGCUUCAAAGCCUUUGAAGAUGCCAUUUCUGAAACGGAAAGAAUUUUGAGGCAUCCUGUUCUUUCACUGGAGGCCCUCUCAGGCAUCAAGGAUUUUCAAGGCUACAUUCAACAAGAAGUUGCACAGAUGGGUGCCCUUCACAGUACACUCUAUGAGUUUCCUGACUUUAACAAGAACAUAGGAGACAUUGGGGAAGAAGCUGACCUAGUGUAUGAACUUCUACAACAGAAAAUGCAUCUGCAUCAGAGUUUUCGUUACUUGAACCUUAAAGAGGCCAUCAGCAACAUUAGGAAACACUUUGAAGUAUCAUUGCUGGCAGAACAGAAGACCAGUGAGACAACCCCUGUUGUAAGAUACUCGGAGUACACCAGGAACUGUACGCUCACUAUGUUGGGCCAUCAGGCCUUGAAAGCAAGCAAUGUGCUGGAACAGCUCAAGAUGAUCAGGAGGUCCAACAUCCAAAAUUGGAAUGAAAAGAUAUGUGGGGUGACAGGAGACCAGCCCUGUUUCAUGUCGGUCUGCAGGGGAGCUUUGUGCUGGGACAGGCACAGACUCAGGCAGUGUGGGGGCCCAAACUGCAGUGGAGUUCUUCCUCUCUCCACUGAUGUCUUCAGGAAAGCUGAGGAGACUGCUGCAUUGCUAAAUAACUUGACUACUCAGUUACAAGAACCUGAGAAUCAGUUGGAAAGCAUUAGAAAAACGGCAGAAGACAGCAAGUUGAAAGGUUCACAAUUUAAUGGGCAACUGGAGAGUGCUAAGAAUCACAUUGAACUUGACAAAGAGAUCACUAAGGAGUUCAUCCAAAAAGUGAAAGACUUCUUGUUAGGUGAGAGUGCACCUCCAGAAGACAUUGACAGGGUGGCAAGUUAUGUUCUGCAAAUAAGUCUUCCCCUGACUCUACAAGAGCUCAUGGCCAUCCUUGACAAAAUCAGGGGCAAUAUGAACCACUGUGAGAAGUGCACACCAAACGCAAAUAAGAGAAACAGAAAACAGGAGGAAGCUCGGACACUGCUGGUAGAGGCACAAGAAUCUGAUAAAGCAGCUAAAGCUCUUCUGCCAGUGGAUGAAAUUAAUAAUAAACUAAAAAAUAUUGUGAAGUCCCAAGGACACUCCAGAAACAAUGUCAUGAAGUUAAAUGAAGAAAUACAAGGCAUCAAAACACAAAUCUCACAGGCUGAGAAUCAAGUGAACAAGACAAAUGAUGAACUAAAUGACUUGUCAGCAAAACAGUCUGAGAUGGAAGAUGAUAUUUCCACACUGUGGGCAAAAGUGCAGAUGAACAAGAAUCAAGCCACAAAAGCAAGAGCAUGGGCAAAAGCAGCACACAAGCAAGCUGAGAAUACUGAUAACGAAUUUGCUGACAUUAAAAGAAAGUACACCAUUCUUCAAGAAAAGCUAAAAGCCCGAAGACCUCCAAAGGUAACACUAGAAAAAGUGAAGCAGCUGAAAGAAGAAGCAGAAAAACUGGUUAAAGAAACCGAAAAAAAAAUUAAAAGAAUAACAGAUUUGGAGAAGAAGCUUCAGGACCUGAAUCAAACCAAACAAAACAAGGCAGAGCAACUGAAACGACUAGAGGAACAAGUAAUAGCCAUUAAAAAUGAAAUUAUGGAGCAGGAAAGCAAGUAUGCAACAUGCAAAAGUUAG